GAUACGGUUUCUGUUUUUUUCUUUUCUCGUCGUCGUCCAGCGUUAACUUUAGGGAUUGAAGAUGACGAUGAACUCGCUUCCAAGGCGAUUUGGGAAGAAUCAAGGAUACCUGGAUUGUGAUCAUCGUAGAGGGAGGAGAUCCGACUCAGACUCCGACGAAGAGUUGAAAGGAUUGAGUCACGAGGAGUACAGGAGGCUUAAACGCCUCAAGAUGAGGAAAUCUGGAAAGUACUGCAUAUGGGAGAACACGCCGAGUCCGCCCAGAGAUCCCGACGAGGAAGAGUCCGAUGAGAACGCCGCUGACGAGGAGGUGGUUCCGGAGAAGGAUGUUGACGAUCCGAAACAACGGAAAGGCGAAUCUGAUUCGGGUAAGUCGGGAUCUGAAUCUGAUAGAUCUAGGAAGAAGAGGAAGAGUAAGAGGUCUAGGAGUAAGCGUAGGAGAAGGAGUGAUAGCGAAUCGGAAGAGGAGAGCGAGAGUGAUGAUUCGGAUGAGGAAGAUAGGAGGCGUAGAAGAAGGAAUAAGAAGAAGAAAAGCAGAAGUAGUAGGAAGAGGAGAGGUCAUAGGAGGAAGAGGAGGUACAGUGAUUCUGAUGAGAGCAGUGAUGAAGAAUCUGAGAUUAGUGCUUCUUCUGGGGAAGAACGUAGCAAAUCAAAGGGCAAGAACAUUGAUGUAGAAGAAGCGGUGAAGGAGCCUGAGCUUGAUGAAGAGGAGAUGAAGAAGUUCAAGGAGAUGAUUGAAUCAAAGAAGAAGGCUUCUGCUGCAGCUGAAGAUGAAGAGGAAGCCGAGGUGGGUCCAAUGCCGUUACCUAAAGCCGAAGGACACAUCAGCUACGGAGGUGCUUUAAGACCCGGUGAAGGAGACGCUAUAGCGCAGUACGUGCAGCAAGGGAAGCGUAUCCCACGUAGAGGAGAAGUGGGUCUUAACGCUGAUGAGAUCCAGAGGUUUGAGGAUCUUGGGUAUGUGAUGAGUGGGAGUAGGCAUCAGAGGAUGAAUGCUAUUCGUAUCAGGAAGGAGAACCAGGUUUACAGUGCUGAAGACAAGCGGGCGUUGGCCAUGUUUAACUACGAGGAGAAGGCUAAGCGCGAGGCUAAGGUUAUGGCUGAUCUUUCGAGGCUUGUGCAGCGCCAUAUGGGAGAAGAGUUGGGUCCGAAUCAUGACCCUUUUGGUGCUGGAAAGACUGAUGGAGCUGAUGAUUAAUUUGCUUUGCUUCCCUUCUACUACUUAUGUUGGUACUUAUCUUAUGCGUUUGUUCUUGUAAACCGUUCCUUAUUGCAUCGUAGUUACUCUUUGUUUACUACUUGCCCGUUAAUGAGUUUCACAGUUUCAAUUUGCUAUGCUGUCACAUUAUUGCGUUUGUGUGUUUAAAGAUGAAAGGUUCUGACUUUUAAGGA